AUGGAUGGAUCAAGGAGUGUAGAAGAGCUGACGAGACUCCUGCAAGAGGCGGAACAACGCGCCGAUGCAGCAGAGAAAGAACGACAGAAGGAGCGACAACGCGCCGAGGAGGCAGAGAAAGAACGACAGAAGGAGCGACAACGCGCCGAGGAGGCAGAGAGAGAACGACAGGAGGAGCGACAGCGCGCCGAGGAGGCAGAGAGAGAACGACAGGAGGAGCGACAGCGCGCCGAGGGGGCAGAGAAAGAACGACAGAAGGAACGACAGCGCGCCGAGGAGGCAGAGAGAGAACGACAGGAGGAGCGACAGCGCGCUGAAAGGGAACAGCAACGCGCCGAAGCGUCAGAGCAACAAACUCAGCCUACGACACUCGACGAAUACAUCGCUGCCUGCCAUUCCCUUGUAUUCUCCAGCUUCACCAUUGAACUGAACCCGAAAUUGACCUCGAAGGGUCCCAUCACCAAUCCGCGAAACAAAUGGUGUCCCACAAAUCUCCGACCAUGGCCCGACUUUCUUCAACAACAGAGGAUCACAUUCGGCACGCUCUACGACACCUUCCCUACCGAUAGUCGUGUUUUUGAGAACCGAUCCUUCCUCGCCGGCUUAGGAAACAGGAUCUCGAAGCGCAAGAUAGCAGACGAGAAGACGCUCGAGUACUUCCUGCACAACAGCGUCGAGGAUCCAGUCAAAACCGUCAUGGACCAGCUCAAAGAGGUGGAAGAGGUCAGAAGUGCAUUUCAUCUAGGAAACGGCAUCAUUUUCGAGAACCAUCCGCAUGCCAUCAGCGACAUGGCCGAGGAGGUCGUCGACCGCGACACUCCAUCGACACCACCUUCUACUCCGGACCACCGACUCGAUCUCAACCAGCUACGACCCGAUCAGAUCUGCAUCUACCGAUCCGACAACGCAGGCUCGACGAGACGUACGAUGAUCUACAUUUCCGAGUACAAGCCGCCUCACAAACUGACCGCGCCGCACCUUCGUCUCGGUCUACGCCCAAUGAAUAUUUACAAGGACGUGGUCAACCGGAAGACGAUACCGACGUCCGUGGACCCGGAUGCGCGUUUCCAGUAUCAUGCGGAGAGGCUGACUGCAGCCGCCAUCACGCAGACCUACCACUACAUGAUCGAGGGCGGACUCGAGUAUGGUCUAUUGACCACGGGCGAGGCGAUAGUGUUCCUCAAGAUCGACUGGCGGGAGCCUGAGACGCUUCUCUAUCACCUAGCAGAGCCGGAUGCCGAGGUGUCAGCCCAUCCUAACCAUUUUCACUUGUGCACGGCAGUGGGUCAGUAUCUGGCCUUUAGUCUCAUGGCUCUUGGUCCGCCGGGUGAACGACGGAUGCGUGGGCAAGAUGAGCGCCGCCAAGCUACUGAAAAAUUGAAGACGUGGAUGGAAGAUUUCGAGACGACGCUACGAUCGAUUCCGGAGGACGAACGACAUGCGCCGAAGAGUUCACCCGGUUACCAAGCGGAAGCUUACGAGGGUAUCGACCGAUCUCCUUACCUUCUCCGAGGAAAGAGACGGCGACGUGUGGGGGAUGAGCCCGUGAAGGAACAUGCACAAAGGGAUCCAGGAGAAUCAUCUGAUGACGAGUCAGCACGGGAUUUGCCAGACACGCCGAGCCCGACAGAGCGGCGGGCACGUCGAGGAGGGUCAGAAGGCCAGGGAGGUCAGGGAACUCGACGCAGUCAGCGAAUUCUGGCGCAACGGCCGCGGGGCGGAGGAGGAGGAGGAGGAAGAGGAGCAAGCAACGACAACGAACAAGACAGGCCGUACUGCACCCAAAAGUGCCUUUUAGGGCUCGUCAAGGGCGGUGUCCUCGACCCAAGAUGCCCGAACAUGUCACUUCACAGCAGGCAGCCCAAUAAUCACCGCAGCCACUGCCGUGGCCCGAGCCGCGCCUGUGCCCGUCAUCCAAUCGAUCACGCUGAAUUCCUUGAGCUUCUCUGGGAGCAGCUAAAACGGUCAUUAGACGACGGGAUCAUGCCGUUGGGGCACGGUGGUGCGCGCGGCGUACUGUUCAAAGUGACCUUGCUUGCGUAUGGCUAUACCUUCGUCAGCAAGGGCACGGUUCGGGCAUUUGCCAAAGACCUUGAGCAUGAGGCGGCGGUUUACGAACGUCUGCAGCCCAUCCAAGGUAGACAUGUGCCCGUGUUCCUCGGGGCCAUCGACCUCCGAUCGAUGAACAGGAUUUAUUACUAUGACCACCGAGUCUAUGUGAUACACAUGACCUUUCUAUCGUGGGGAGGAGAUGACCUUGAUCCGACAGGGAUUGUGGGUGGUGCGGAGGAACAGCUCGAAGGGAAGGCGAUGCGGUCGUUGCGCGCAAUGCAUCAACAGGGAGUAAUCCACAAGGAUGUACGAAGGGCAAACAUGCUGUUCAAUGCGGAGAUCAAUGGAGUCAUGAUGAUUGACUUUGAAAGAGCCUUGCUGCUGGAGCCACCUCGACGUCCGUUGGCUCAGUUGGUGCCGAACAAGCGAAGAUGGAAGCCAGAGACGAUGGAUCGCAGCAAGUCGGCGGAGAAAUCAAGCGAUCGAGGUCAAGUCAGCCAGGCAUUCUCCGAGGACAUUGGGAUGUUGAAAACAGUAUUCGGGGAGCGUAAUAUUCACAAGCCAUAA